AUGACGGUCACUGUGGUGUACGAUAACUCCGAGGCCACGGAGCUGUGUGCCGCUCAGCACCUCUACCUCAAGCCCAUCGCAAAACUGAUGAUCAGUGUCUUGCUCCCAGAAAGCUCAGAGCCGACGAGGCCCUUCUCCAACUGGGAAGUUCUGGACCAGCUGAAGAGCCUGAUUUGCCCUGACCAGUUCACCACCGUUCGGCUCUCCAAGAGCACAAAGGACUUCAUCCGAUUCGAGGGCGAGGCCGAGACGCGCAGUCUGGUUCAGAUCUUGAAGGCCAAGUUACACGGGAAGAUCAUCAAGUUGAAUGGCUUGAAAACAGACUUAAAAGUCGUGGCUACAGAUGCCCAGGGAGAGUGGGAACGCUUCCCCAGGGAAAAGGAGGCCUCGGUGAGCGAUGGGGCCGAAGAGCAGGACCAGGAUAAGAGCCCGGAUUCUAUCUAUUUUGCUGGCUUGCCCUGCAAAUGGUUUGCGCCCAAAGGUUCCAGUGGGGAGAAGCCCUGUGAAGAGAUCCUUAGGGUGGUUUUUGAGAGCUUUGGAAAGAUCAAGAAUGUGGACAUCCCUAUGCUGGACCCCUACAGGGAAGUGAUGACCGGUGGAAACUUCGGGGGUUUCAGCUUCGGCUUGCAGACAUUUGAGGCCUUCGUACAGUACCAGGAGUCAACGGACUUCGCGAAAGCCAUGGAGUCCCUUCGAGGGAUGAAGCUGAUGCUGAAAGGAGAUGAUGGGAAAGCUCUGGCCUGUAACAUCAAGGUUAUGUUUGACACAACCAAACAUUUCAGCGAAGGGGCUAUCAGGAGGAGAAAUCAAGAAAGGCUGAAGUUACAAGAGCUGGAGGAAGAAAGGAAAAAAGUAAAGCGAGAUGAGGAAGAGGCUGCAAGAAAAAGAAAAGAGGAGGAGAGGAGAGCCCAGGAAAAGAGGAAGAAGGCCAGGGUGAGGAGACGAGGCCCGAAAGAGAGAGACAGACGCCGGCACAGGAAACCAAAGGCCCGAGCCCCCGCGGACAGCGCCCGGGAGCCCGACUCUUCAGAGGAGUGGGAGGAGAGGAAGUACCUGCUGGCCCAGAGGCGGGUGGAGGCCCUCCGGCUGCUGCGGGUACUCUUGAGGAAAAUUGCUGUAAGGCUCUUGCUCCGUCCAUCUUCACUGUUGGGAUCCACACAGUUUAACCCACAGUGGGUAGAUGAUGCAAGCCCCAAAGUGAACCAGGCUCCAGGGAACACGCUGGAAAUGCUGAAGCAAGAAGAGUUAAAUACCCAGUAUCUUCAAAAUCAGGAGGAAAUGCCAAAAUAUCAGGUUGCCAAGUCAGACAAUAAAGGAAAACAAAAAAUGAAGAAAAGAACUAGGGCUCACUUACGUAAAUCUUCCCACCACCUUGGGAGAAAAAAAAUAAGAUACUCAGCUAGAAAAGAGAGAACUGGAAAAUUAUUAACUGAGGGCUACGGUCACAGUUUGGUCUCUGACCAGAAUUCUUUGCAGAAUGUGAUGAUUCAAGAUCAGUCUCUUGAGGGGGAAGACCAGUGCAGUUCUAACAAAUCCAAUGCUUCUAGAUUAUCUGAGCCAGGCCAUGGCAAGAAACAGAAGAUCUAUGAAACAGAUGAAUUUAUUGAUUACCUAUUAAACUAUUAUCAAACUCCAGAGUAUGCUCGCAUCUGCCUAGAACCAAGUCAUCUAGCAAGCCCAUGUCAGUGGCAGAGGGCUGUCCGUGCUAAGGGAGAUGGGUUUCAGAUCAAUCUGAGAAAACGGAAGUAUCACUCCACCAGUCCGAGCCAAAUGCAAAACCUGGCAGCAAGAGAACGGGUUCAAGAAGAGGUUUGUACUCAGGAUCCUGAGCUUAAACCACAAAAGAGAGGAAAAGUGGAUUAUGCCAAAGAAUGUACCGAGGAGUUGAAAAAUCAUUAUAAGGACACAGCCGGUGGUGCUGGUGAUCACCAGUCCCCAGCUGAUGGAAAGAGCCAUCUGUUAGAAAAGAUGCAAGCUCACCAGCUCAGAGAUUCUAACUACCCAAGUCACAGCCAAGUUUCCUCACCUAGGAGGUCAGCCGACUUAGAUCUGGAGUUGACAGAUUUCUUAGAGGAAAUCAGUAGUGAUUCCGAAUGCUUCAGUGAAACCCUUAGUGUAAACAAAGAGGAGGAAGAGAGGUCUGUGGCCACAUAUGAUAGCUCCCCAGAAAAAAGAUCUCUUGAUGAUGACGACCUCACCACUAGUGAUCGAGAAAUUAGGGCAAGUCCGCAGGCCUUGUAUUCAAAGUGGAGCCGCCAUGGGGAGCACAGCUCCUCCAAACCCAAGCUGGGGAAACCAGGCGAGAGGUCCAAGUAUGAACGGAGAUGUUCGUGGCUUGAGGGCAAAAACCAUUCCAUUAGGGAUGAGAAGAGCACCGCCAAAAGGAGGGCAACAGCAGUCCCCAAAUACUUGCUCGGCGGAUCGGGUCCUGGAGGUCUGUUAGACUACAUCACAAGGAAGAGGAGGAGGCUCGGCGACAGCACAUCUGGCUGGCAGGCAAACUACGGGUCCGCUCGUGUGCCCGUAGCAUCAGCAAAAAGUGGUCACGUUUUCUACAUGGGGAAUUUGCCCCAAAGAAGAGAGACCCCGUGGAAGUCAGAAUAUAACCAGGAGGUCAGAAGGUUUAAAAGACAUGAGCGUUCUAGAGAUCCCACGCUGAAUUCUGGUAAUUAUUAUAUUAGACAUGACAGUCAGGAGCACCUCAACUAUGGAAGCUAUUUUGGAAAUGGCUACACUAGUUCUUUGUAUUUUCAGAUGUUUUAAAGGCCUCAUAGAUCAGAAACACCCUCAU